GUGGGGUCGGUUAUUGACCAAUAAAUUAUUUGUAUUUGCACAUCUCACUUUGCGUCUCCCGUCAUAUCUCUUCUUGCCUCAUCUCAUUCAUAAAAUUCGUUGGGGUGUAUGAUCGUCAGGUGUUUUACAGAAUUUGAGGUGCAGAAUGACAAUGACAAUAAAGCAGCAUCGCUGACUUAAAAACGGCCGCCUGUGACUAACGUUUCAAAUAUAAACCAUGGCUAACGAGAUCAUCGUCGUUCAGAUCAGAAAAGUGAUACUUGAUGUGGUUUUAUUGAACUGCGUCGGCUGGCCGAUACUGUUCCUUUUCCUUUGGGGCAACCCCUACCAGAGAGGUUUUUUCUGCAAUGACACUGAUUUGAUUCACCCUUACCAUGAGUCUACUGUACCCAGUUGGACCCUUUAUAUUACAGGAAUUGGCCUAAACUGUGCUGUGAUGUCGCUAACGGAAUACCUCAACAGACCAACCGACACGCGAGAUGUGUACAUGUUGGGUGUGAAGAUGCCGAACUGGAUCUACAACCUACAUUGUGUAAUAGGAAUCUUCGCAUUCGGUGCAGCCUGUUCUCAGUUGACAACGGACGUUAUGAAGUACACCAUAGGCAGGUUGAGACCUCAUUUCAUCACGGUUUGCAAACCGGAUGUUUGUCAGAACGGGUCUUUUCCCGACUAUGUGUACCAUGAGGACUUUACGUGUACCAAUGCGUUGUUUAAGGACAAUAAAAGGAUUAUGAAGGAACUUCGGUUAUCAUUCCCGUCAGGACAUUCCUCGUUCUCAAUGUAUACUAUGCUGUAUUUUGCUAUAUAUUUACAAAAGCGCAUGACGUGGAACGGAUCCACCUUGCUUAAACACACUCUUCAGUUUUUGGGCGUGCUGUCAGCGGUCUUCACUGCGAUGACACGUGUAUCUGAUUAUAAACACCACUGGAGUGACGUGCUGUGUGGUUUACUCCUGGGGGCCCUAGUAGCUUGUGUCACCGCACGAUUUUUCUCGACGUUAUUCAAAAACAAUCAUUCAAACUCUACAAGAGUGGACCAAUCAGAAUUACUGAACCUUAAUGGCAAUCGAGGACAUGCUAUUUAAAAAGUAUUAUCGCAGAUACAUGGUGGUUCAAGACAGACACAUUUCUUUGUAUUUUUUUAUAUUAAUUUUUUAAUCGCCCCACUGAACAUUUUGUGAUAUAUUAUCUCAACAUUUUGUUGAGCUGAUUUGUAUACGCUACUUUUUAAAUAGUAGCCAUUUUUCAAUAGUGGUCAAUCCCCUAAUUACUGAACUAUGAGGUUUAAUGUCAGAACUUAAUUGUCGAAACUACAUUUUGAUUUCAACUCAAGGCUUCUCUACUUGAUUUUUGCCUUUCAUCCAUUAACCUUUUUUUAUGGUAUACAUUAAAUGAGAUUUACUAAUGCUGGAAUUCUUGAACCACCCUGUAUUCUAUUAUAAUUUCGAAACAAACCCCAAAAAUCGUACUAACCAUUACUUCAGGGUUGUUGAGACUAGUUUACUAACAUCUAGCUUUAAAGCCAACCUGUAUUUUCCUAUUUGACAUAGUUAAAAAAUCCUAAUAUAUAGCGUACUAUACAUAUACAGUAUACCUUUAUGAAGAACAUUUUCCAUAAAAAUAUAUAACCUGAAAGCGUAGCUAGUUACAUAGUGGCUAGUCAGAUUUUAUUCAAAUUUAUAUAAAAUGUGUUCUUUAACGCAGGAUAGAAAAUUAUAUUUUAAGCGUAUCCAUUGUGAAAUCAUUAGAAAAGAAAGACACUUAGGAAGCAUUUAAAAUAAAUAAAAAAUGAAUUUUUAUUAACCGUUUUUCAGGCAAUAUUUAAAAUAGUCAUUUGUUCUAGCUGAUUGCUGUCAUAUGAUGUACUUGAAGCUUUAAGUUAUUUACAAGCUCUAUAAUUAUUUUGUUAUUAUCAAAGUAUAAAAAUCGGCCUGAUUUAAAAAAUAAUAUAGUUGUGGUAAAUAAAUGCUUAAUAUUUUGUUAUAUUAUGAAAAUCUGUAAACGUAUGAAGAAAUCAUCCACUAUAUUCCCGUGGUAGUAAUAUAAAACUGUCUAUGUGAUGAGGCAGAUUUAGAGACAAAAGCAUCAGAUCACAUCUUUGAGGCAUUUUGAAGUGUAGGCAAUAUGUAUGAUCAUAUCUUGAAAAUGUGUUACAUAAGAAAAAAUUGUUUUAUUGAUAAUAGAAAAUUUGGUAAUGUUGAUAGCAUAUUUAAAAUGACCUUAUGAGCAAAUAAGUUACUAUUUUAUACUAACUAGAUUUGUUUCAAAAUCCAAACUGCGAGAGUAUUACCUACUUGUUAUGCAUAUAUGGACUAUUUUUUCGACUUGAGUAACAGUGCCAAAAUGUUGAGAUAAUUAAACAACAGCAAACUAGAAAUUACAGAUAUCGUUUUUCCAUUGGGAAUGAAAAUACAUUUUAUCAUCAUCCUAUUGGAAAUUACAUUUAAUAAAUGUUUUACCUUCAUAUGUGAGAAUGUUUCAUACCUAGCGAAGCUGAAACAUUGAUGCUGAAAAAAUAUGUAUGGAAAAUAAUUAUAGAAAAAUUAUUGCCAUUAUGAGAUGUUUCCCCCUAUGUCCGUAUACAUAUUUUUGGUGUACGUACAGGGUUUUAUGGUUGAAUAACAAUAUUUAAGUGGGCGAUGUUUGAGUUCAUUUUAAGAAGAAAGCUUUAUACAGGGUAUCCCAGAAAUAACACGCCAGGGUGACAGGGGAGAUGGUUGGCUGCAGAUCAAUCAGACAAAAUCAACAUGGCCUUAAUAAAAGCUUUCUAGUUUUCGAGAUAUUGCCACUUUUAACUUUUUUGAAAAAAUCUCUUUGCUCAUUUUUUGCCUGUUAUGGCUAUAAAGAACUUCUAACUUAUAAUUCCUUUUUCCUGUGCUACCAUUAAUAGUUGAGACAAUAUUAAUUUCAUUGAAAACUAGCACGGUAUGCAAAAAAAAACAAAUUAUUACAUUGGGUUCCAAUGCAAAAACCUUUAGUAAAGUUUGACUAAUUACUGUGAAAAAACAUGUACCAGACUGAAUUAGCAAAUGACCUUAAAAUAUAGCUAUUAAAUGUUCUUUCAAAAAUAGUAUAACAUUGUUUGGAGGUUCUUUUUACUACAAACUGAAUUGUCAUUGAGGUCGUGCUACUUGCAAAAUACUACAUAUAAAAGAUAAUAUUUUUAGAAGAGCAUUAAAUAGGCUACUUUUGAAGAUCAUUUUCCGAUUCAGUCUAAUACAUUUUUUUUCACAGUGAUUAGUCAAACUUUAGAGAAGGUUUUCACAUUGAAACAAAAUGUAAUAUUUUUUUAGCAUACUGUGCUAGCUUUCAAUGAAAUGAAUCUUCUGUUGUCUCAACCAACUAUUAAUAGUAAACCAGGAAAAAAAUCAUAAGUUAGAAGUUCUUUAUAGCCAUAACAGGCAAGAAAGGAGCAAAAAGUAGUGAUUUUUUGAAAAAACUCAAAAGUGCCCAUAUCUCGAAAACUAAAAAACUUACUAGGGUAUGUUGAUCUUAUCUGAUUGAUCUGAAGCCAACCUCUCGUGUCACUCUGGCGUAUUAUUUCUGGGGCACCCUGUAGGAACGAAUGACCAAAACGUCCUAACUUUUGAGAUACAGCGUGAUAAAGUUCAUAAAAAUAAAUUAUUGAUUUAUAAAUAUCUGUAAAUACUACCGUAAAUAUUUCAACAAAAUUUUGUAUGCAUGGACUAUGUAUGCAAUGCAAUCCAUUUUUUAAUAUUCAGCAGUGGGUUCGUACAGAAUUUCACCUGCCUAUCUCUGCAGAGAUUGAUGGUACGCCACUAAUUUCUCUUAAAAUAAAAAAUAUUUUUGAAAUCUACGGUCAUUUCUAAACAAAAAGCCUUUCUCUGUAUGAUCAUAAUAAUAUCAUUUAUAUGGCAAUAUCAUGCAGAGAAAUAGCUUUUAUUUUUUUAGGUGAAAACAGUGCGCCGGGUUAAAGAGAUUCAAAUGAUCAAAUCUGUUCAUAAAUCAAUUCAGAUUCUGAUUUUUUCUUAUUUUAAAUUCGUCGCGUGCGCUGACUUUCUAUAUUGAAAAUGUUAUCACCCUGUCUCUCAAAAGUCUAAGACAGACAGUAUGAAGUUUUCUUUUUGAAAUGGACCCAAAAAUCGCCCCCAUAAAUAUUGAUAUUCAGUUUGGAAUCACCCUGUGUUAUAACGAGGGUCCAUUUUAGAAUUUCUCCGUUUUCCAUGAUUGUUUGGGCACCAUAUAUGCGAAUCAAUGUUACGCCUGUUGACGUUUGUAAUACUGUUCUGUGACGUCAUGAAGUAGGACUAUUUUAUUGAUCGUAAUAAAUUCGCUGUUAUAAUUUAUGAGCAAUAAUCACCACUAGUUUCUAAAACAUAUUGCAGUACCUAAUAGAUAGCAAUACCUGAUUAUUAGUUUUAAUGUUGUAGACGUAUGUUGCGCCUCUGUGGGUUGAUGGAGAAGAUAAUGAGUUUCUGAUAUUGUUGGAUGAAAUAAUAUUACAAGGUAUAAAUUAACAAAAUUUGAGUAGCUUCUUUAAAAAUAAAAUGAGAACCAUUACUGUAAUUUAAUUGUUAUUGUUAUUGUAAUAACGAGUCUCGAAAAUUAGCAUCGAGUAAUGACAAUAUUGGCUCGACGCUGGCGUGUAAACACCUUAUAAAGACUAAUAGCAUUAAAUUCGAGAGAUUCACUGGCCGGAAUAUCCUAUAAGCAAAUAUUCAAUUGCAUUCAAUGAAUGGACCAAUUAAAAAAGUGUUUCUCCUGUUCCAUCAACGCAUAUAUAGAGCCUAUUAUUCUUGCUGUAGAAAAUUAUUGAAUAAAGCUGGUGUGUUUCCCUAAUAUUUUAAGAAUUUGUUGCUGUGUUAUCAGUGUAAAAACAAUCUCUCUUCAAAUUAGAUACAGAUGCACUGAUUGUAAAUUUUCUAUUUUGAGUGCUGCACUCAUAUCAUGAAUCAUGUUUAGUUUCAUGUCUUUACUCAUUUAUGAUGAAGACAUCAGCUAAAAUGUUGAUCAUCUCAUGUUUUAAACUAUCCAAAUUUGUCUGAAAACAUGAAGAAUCGAAAGAAUAUAUAAACAGUCUAUCAAUCAUGCCGGAUAAAAUACCAAAUGAUGUUAUUUGUUUUACCUUUUAGAAUUCCAACAUACAACUAAUUGAGUUGUAGUAGUAGUAGUCGCAAACGCCUAGUUGUCUUAAGAAGGCAUUGUGUGUUCAAAUAUGCAUGUAUUUAUUUAUUAUAAAUAGGGUGACCAUAAUUUAAAAAAAAGUACACUUUUAACUGAUACUUAGAGCAAUUUUACCUGUCUAAAUCUAACACAUUUUUUAAUCAAACAAAAUAAAGGUAUUUAUGUUUUAUUAUUAUACAGAUGCAUCAGCAAUAUAGCAACAGAUUAAAAAAAAAUAUGUACGUAAAUAUUUAAAGGUUAAUUUUCCGUUGAGGUGCUAGCUUGACCAUUUGGAUCUUUAUCUUGUACCAGUCGUACUUUUGGGAACCUCUCAAUUGACGCACUGGUCGCAGGCAGACAAAAAACAAACUCACCAAACAAUUGUACAUUUUUCAAUGUAUUUUCUGUUUGGAAAACUUCGAGCCAUCGAUCUUCAGUAGAAAUAUUUCUUAAAUUCCAGUCAGCAAUUUUGUUUUCUGUAACGUUCGUUUGUAUUAGACUAACUUCAUCCUUCGUCUUGAUUCCAUACCGGAUCUAUGUAGACCUUAAAAGCCUCACACGAAGAUAAAAUAUCCUCCCAAAAGCUUUAGUUCACUUAAAUUUUCACUCCGAUUUUUCAAGUAAGUUAAAAAAUUCAAAUAGAAUUGCUUGACAUGUGUGACACGAAGACAUCCCGAUACUUUACACUGCCGUCUUCAACAAGGCGAUCAGUGACGGUACAGUGGGUUGAAAUCCAAAUACGCAAUACACCAACAACACAAAAACAGUUAUAAUUAUCUAGUUUCUUCAAACAAAAAGGUCAUAAUUUUUUUUUAUUAAAUAAAGAACAUUUAGGUGUACUUGAUAAACUUUUAAAGUACAGUAGUACCGAGUUCGAAAAGAAAGUACAUAUGGUCACCCUAAUUAUACAGCAUUUCGUUGCCACAUUUCAAGUCACGUGCUUGUGACGUUAAUGUUAUUUUAUGACUCAAAGUUGUUCAGCUGAUUAUUAUAAUUUCUAGGUCUAAGUUAAAGUAGAAAGUAGGUUUGGCUGUCUUGCCGUUAAUAUACGUAAAACGAACAGUAUGUUUAGCUUGAGGAGUUCUCAAAUUGAUUAUUUUUAAAAGCGUUUUUAUUCAUAGUAUUAUGUAUAAUUUAUGAAGGAUGUACUUAAUGCACAAAUAUAUAUAUAUAUGUAUUAUGAAAUUCAUGAAAAGCUCAGUGUGUUAGGUUCCUUUUUGUUUGUUAUUUAUUAAUUUAUAUUUUUCUGAACUCGCGAGUGUUAGGAGUAUAAAAGUUUUUUUUAUAUAUUACCUCAUAGUUUUUAUUGUGAUAUUAUUAAGUAUAAUGCCUUAUACUGAUCUGUUGAUUUAAUGUAUUUAUUUCCUCAUAUUUUGAUUACACUGAAUCAUGGUUUGGAAACCAAUACUCCAGUAAUAUCUUGAUGUGACCUCAAACAUUCAAGGAGGGUCGAAGGUGGAGCAAUUCCAAGAGCUGUGGAUAAAUUAAAACACAAACAUACAAGCCUGUUAAGUGCAUCAUGCAAUCCCAUAAAUAAUAUUAUAAAUCUCAGUCCAAGAAGUUAAAAGGUUUUUGGUUGAGUGUUGACAGAAGAACCUGUUGCUGUUUGUAUCAAUUCUUUUGCCCAUUCACCACUUAGAAUUAACUGAUUGAUAUUGGUCACAAUAAAUUGUUUGUAUCUCACUUAUUUUUGAGAAUCAGCAAGUUACAGAUUUUUCUGUCUCAGGAUCAAAAUGAACCUUUCUUGGCAUACCCUAUAUAACCAAGGGUGAAUUUUAGGGAAACCUUUUCUUAAUAAUAUAAAUUAAUUAACAUAAGCCUUUGGAUAAUAAAUCUUUGGACAAUAAAUAGUUGACUUUUGGAUUCCCCUAAAACUCACGUAACCUUUUUUAUACAUACCUUCUAGUAUAUUUUUUGGAUAUAAUAUUUGACUGAGUUGGUGUAAAUGCCUUUUUGCAAUAAUAAAAUGAUUUUUUUAACUGUA